CUAGGUCUUUGUCUAUGUGGAUUGAUUGAAACAGAGUGUUUAAAUAGAACACCCACCCCACCCUUUCUAUUUGGCCCUGAGGCAAAAAAGACACGGCCAGAGCACUGAGAGAUAUCAGGUAUUGAUGUAACUGGAGUGAAUAAGGGAACCUUCUUCCUGAGCACAGACAUUGGAGCCUGUUAUCAGCAUGAACUCAUUUGUGUUAGACAAACACGUGAAAAGUUCAGCUGCAUUCUUCACUACAGGAAGCAUCAGAAUGAUACCACAGACUCCAACAUUUUUAGACACUGACUAUUCACAAACAUUGGGGAAAUCACAGCAGAUAUUUAAAGAAGAUGGAGAAUUGGCAGGUACUGGACAGCAAUCAUUCUGUACAGAGAGUAAUUUAGUCAUCAAACAAGAGGACAAGAUGUAUGCCUUAUCUAGUGAAAUGAUUAUCCCAGAGGACAAAGCACCCAUAUGUACAGAGAGUAAUUUAGUCCUCAAACAAGAGGACAAUAUUUAUGCCUUAUCUAGUGAAAUGAUUAUCCCAGAGGACAAAGCACCCAUAUGUACAGAGAGUAAUUUAGUCAUCAAACAAGAGGAUAAUAUUUAUGCCUUACCUAGUGAAAUGAUUAUCCCAGAGGAUAAAGCACCCGUAUGUACAGAGAGUAAUUUAGUCAUCAAACAAGAGGAUAAUAUUUAUGCCUUACCUAGUGAAAUGAUUAUCCCAGAGGAUAAAGCACCCGUAUGUACAGAGAGUAAUUUAGUCAUCAAACAAGAGGAUAAUAUUUAUGCCUUAUCUAGUGAAAUGAUUAUCCCAGAGGAUAAAGCACCCGUAUGUACAGAGAGUAAUUUAGUCAUCAAACAAGAGGAUAAUAUUUAUGCCUUAUCUAGUGAAAUGAUUAUCCCAGAGGACAAAGCACCCGUAUGUACAGAGAGUAAUUUAGUCAUCAAACAAGAGGAUAAUAUUUAUGCCUUACCUAGUGAAAUGAUUAUCCCAGAGGAUAAAGCACCCGUAUGUACAGAGAGUAAUUUAGUCAUCAAACAAGAGGAUAAUAUUUAUGCCUUAUCUAGUGAAAUGAUUAUCCCAGAGGAUAAAGCACCCGUAUGUACAGAGAGUAAUUUAGUCAUCAAACAAGAGGAUAAUAUUUAUGCCUUAUCUAGUGAAAUGAUUAUCCCAGAGGAUAAACCACAAACAUUUACCAAGCUUUCAAACAUUUUUAAAGAAGAGAAAAGUCUACAGUCUAACCAAAUGAUUCAUACAAAGGAGAAAACUUUCAAAUGUACAGAAUGUGAGAAAAGCUUUAGAUGCACGUCUCGUCUCCUAGAACACCACAAAAUUCACACAAGUGAGAAGCCAAACACAUGUCCUGAGUGUGGAAAAAGUUUUACAAUAAAGAGUAGUCUGAAAAAACAUGAAAAGAAUCACACAGGGGAGAAGCCGUUCACAUGUACAGAGUGUGGAAAAGGAUUUACACAAAAGAGUGAUCUGAAAACUCAUGAAAGGAUUCACACAGGCGAAAAUCCUUUCACAUGCACAGAGUGUGGAAAAAGUUUUACAGAAAAGAUUAAUUUGAAAACUCAUGAAAGGAGUCACACAGGAGAAAAGCCGUUCACAUGUACGGAGUGUGGAAAAAGUUUUACACAAAAGAGUAGUCUGAAAAAACAUGAAAGGAUUCACACAGGAGAAAAGCCUUUCACAUGUACAGAGUGUGGAAAAAGUUUUACACAAGAGAGUAGUCUGAAAAAACAUGAAAGGAUUCACACAGGAGAAAAGCCUUUCACAUGUACAGAGUGUGGAAAAAUUUUUACACUAAAGAGUAAUCUGAAAAUUCAUGAAAUGAUUCACACAGGGGAAAAGCCUUACACAUGUACAGAGUGUUGGAAAAGUUUUACACAAAUAAGUAGUCUGAAAAGUCAUGAAAGGAGUCACACAGGAGAAAGGCCUUACACAUGUACAGAGUGUGGAAAAAGUUUUACACAAAUAAGUAGUCUGAAAUCUCAUGAAAGGAGUCACACAGGAGAAAAGCCUUUCACAUGUACAGAGUGUGGAAAAUGUUUUACAGAUAAGGGUAAUCUGAGAAAACACCACAAAAUUCACACAGGGGAGAAACCAUUUAGCUGUACAGAGUGUGAAAAAAGUUUUACAGAAAAGAGUAGUCUGAAAACUCAUGAAGUUAUUCACACAGGAGAAAAGCCUUUCACAUGUACAGAGUGUGGAAAAGGUUUUACACAAAAGAGUGAUCUGAAAAAGCAUGAAAAUAUUCACACGGGAGAAAAGCCUUUUUCAUGUACAGAGUGUGGAAAAUGUUUUACUGAAAAGGGUUAUCUGAAAACUCAUGAGAGGAUUCACACAGGGGAAAAGCCUUUCACAUGUACAGAGUGUGGAAAUAGUUUUACAUAUAUAAGUGCUCUGAAAACUCAUGAAAGGAGUCACACAAAAGAAAAGCCUUUCACAUGUACAGAGUGUGGAAAAAGUUUUACACAAAAGAGUAGUCUGAAAAAGCAUGAGAGGAUUCAUACAGGAGAAAGGCCUUUCACAUGUACAGAGUGUGGAAAAAGUUUUACAUAUAUGAGUAAUCUGAAAACUCAUGAAAGGAGUCACACAGGAGAAAAGCCUUUCACAUGUAGAGAGUGUGGAAAAAGUUUUAUACAAAAAAAUAGUCUGAAAACUCAUGAAAUGAUUCACUCAGGAGAAAAGCCUUUUAAAUGUACAGAGUGUGGCAAAAGUUUUAUACAAAGAAGUAAUCUGAAAUAUCAUGAAAGGAGUCACACAGAGAAAAAGCCUUUCACAUGUACAGAGUGUGGGAAAAGUUUUACACGAAUGGAUCAUCUGAAAUCUCAUGAAAGGAUUCACACAGGGGAAAAGCCUUUCACAUGUACAGAGUGUGGAUUUUCUUUUACAGAAAAGAGUAAUCUGAAAACUCAUGAGAGGAUUCACACAGGAGAAAAGCCUUUCACAUGUACAGAGUGUGGAAAUAGUUUUACAUAUAUAAGUGAUCUGAAAACUCAUGAAAGGAGUCACACAGGAGAAAAGCCUUUCACAUGUAGAGAGUGUGGAAAAAGUUUUAUACAAAAAAAUAGUCUGAAAACUCAUGAAAUGAUUCACACAGGAGAAAAGCCUUUCAAAUGUACAGAGUGUGGCAAAAGUUUUAUACAAAGAAGUAAUCUUAAAUAUCAUGAAAGGAGUCACACAGGGAAAAGUGUUUCACAUGUACAGUGUGUGUGAAAAGUUUUACAUGAAUGGAUCAUCUGAAAUCUCAUGAAAUUAAUCACACAGGAGAAAAGCCUUUCAAAUGUACAGAGGGUGGAAAAUGUUUUACACAAAUAAGUAGUCUGAAAUAUCAUGAAAGGAAUCACCCAGGAGAAAAGCCUUUCAAAUGUACAGAGUGUGGAAAAUGUUUUACACAAAUAAGUAGUCUGAAAUAUCAUGAAAGGAAUCACCCAGGAGAAAAGCCUUUCACAUGUACAGAGUGUGGAAAAUGUUUUAUAGAUAAGGGUAAUCUGAGAAAACAUGAAAGUAUUCACAAGGGAAGAAACCUUUCACAUGUUUAGAAAGUGGAAAAAAGAUUUUUUAUUGAAGUCAGGUAUCACAAAACACCAAAUAUUUACACAUAAAUACAUUUUAUAUACACAGUGUACAAAUCUUUUUACAAGUAUCCUAAAGAGGACAAACUCUCUAAAUAGAAGCAUCAAAAAGAAUCCUAUUGUAAAUAAUACUUUCUAAAUCCCAGUUAUAAAAGCCCCAGAUUAAAAGAGCUAUUUUGCUGUCCUUUGUGCCUCUAUAUAUGUGCACCUCAGUUUCUCUUAUAUAAAUGUGAUGGAAUCCAAACACCACACAGGAAUAUACAGAUCCAUCCUCAUACUGACCAGUUUACACAACCAUUCACCACCAAAGCACCCCCUGUGUUGUUUAUUAAUAUUAUACAGGGAAAAAAUGUAUUUUCCUUGUUUAUUAAUGUCAGUAUAUGGCAGGGUUAUAAUACAAUAUAUUUAAUAAUUAUUCUUUAAAAUAAACUUCCAAUAAAAAUGCAUAUACAAAACAAUAAAAUUAAUGUAAAUUCCUAAAUUCUUUAUAUUAGUUAAAAUUUAUAGACACAUUGAAAUAUAUUUGUAGAAAGCCAGACCUGAAUCAAACUAUACACAUUUAAACUAUUAUAAUAUGCUAUGCAAAGAUCACGAAAGUUACCUUAUUUAUUAACCUUAUUCGCAGUUGAAUUUCAUUAAAAUACGACAAAUGAGACACCAAGAUAUGAGCCACUAACUUUAACAGUGCUUAGCUAAACAAUAGAACAAUACUUUGUGUAUAUAUAUAUAUUUAUAUUUAUAUAUAUAUAUAUAUAUAUAUAUAUAUUUGCAAAAAUAAAUUACUUAGCAUACAAAAGAUUAGUUUUAAACCACACAGAAUUAGGAAUGCAGCUAAAAUACAAAGCACCUUUUUAAAUCUGUUAACUGCAGUUUGAUUGUAGCAAUAAUGAAUGUAUUUGUUUUAAAUAUUACCUAUAUUUAGCAAUCUCUUAUACUUUAUCAGGUAACAAAUGAAUAUUCCAGCUUCCAGAAUUUCUCAAUAAGUCCAAUUCAGCAAACAAAAGAAGUAUUUUGCAAUGUGGAUAAGAAAAGGUAGCCCAAUUUCCGUUAUAGAGACCGUGUUCCAGGCAGCAAUUAUCAGUCACCAGCUUAGCAGAAAAGACCACCCAGACUAUCUCCAUGCAUGGGGUUAAAUCAUGUGAUAUAACCCCACCCCUUUUUAUUCUGUUCCAUCAUUGGCGAAUUGGCUAGGCCCUUAACGAAAGCUUGUCCCUCCAUUGGUUCACUGGUAAUGCAUGGUUACUAGGGAAAUGCAUCUUUGUUAACAGUCAAAUCUUUUGGCUGUAAUUCUCACAUCACAACACCAGGAGCAACAUGACAAAAACAACCAGUUUCAUUUUAAAUACUGCUAACAGAAAAUAUAGAUUCUUGUAUAUUUUUAAUAUGUACACUAUAAUUUGAUAUUAAUAAACUAUGUGUUUAAUAUUCAUAGGACCAUAUAGUUCUAUUUUCUCUGAUCAUUUCAAUACCAGGCAUAAGUAUAUUUUCAGUAAUCAUAUUAAUAGCAAUUUAUAUUGUUAAUUAUUUUUCUUCAGGGAAUCAUAGCAUUCAAUAUCCUGGAAUUGUAUUGUAUCUUAACAUGAAUACAGUAUAUUUCAUAUUUCUAAUAAAUUUGGAAUGCAUGAAUCUUGUUUAUGACCCAUAUUCAUAGGACAUCUUGUUAUUAUAUGUCUGAAAAAUAAAGAGAGACAGAGGUUAUUAUUCUGACACAGUUAAACAUUUUAGACUGACUAAAAUAGCCACCUAUCAAGUUUAGCAAAUACCCAUCUAAAAUUAGGCAAUCUCCCAUAUUUAUUUUGUUCAUAAUAAAUAUAAUACUUUCAAUAAAUUUCAAAGUUACAAUAAAACAUAUAUUUUCUAUUUAGCUAGAAAUACAGAUGUGUAUGUGAGGUUCAGGGGCAAUUAACAGGUCUGUGCUAAUUACCAUUUCCCUGGAAUUUUAAGCAUCUUCCCACUGCUAAUUACAGACUCAGCAUCCCCCUCACUUAAUGAGAUCUAAUCUCAUUAAGUGAUGAGGUAAAGAAUGUUUUGAAGUUUGUACUUUUAGCUAGGGAGCAAAUGUUCUCUUUUGAAGUUUUUGGGACAUCUUGUCUGCAUUGAGCUUUGAGAUGUGUAUUCAAAUUACAUGGGUUUUAAGUCCAUUCCUGACAUCAGAAUUGUAACCUUAUAGUAAUAUCUGAUAAUAAUAUAACUUCAUAUAUAAACAAAUUCUUUUGUCUUAGUAAUAUAUAUAUAUUUAUAUAUAUAUAUUUAUAUAUAUAUAUAUAUAUAUGUCAUGCACAUGUACCCUGACAUUAAUAUGCCAUUGUUGUAAUGAAAACAAUUGUAUUUCUCUUUUUAUCUCUCUAAAUCAUAGCUUGUUUAAUAAGCAUGAUAAAAAUAAUGAUUAGCAAUAUUAUUUGUAUAAAAUUCAUGAGGAUUUACUAACACCUAUAAUAUCCACAUUUGUGUUUAGGUAAAUAUACCUUUAAGAACCCGACAUAAAUAAGAGUUUUUUGUAUCAAAAUUGGAACUCAUUUAUGAUUGGUCUAAACACUUGUCAAUCAUAGAUCAUUUAAACUACUUUAGGUAUUUAAGGCGACCAGGUAACUUAGGUGGGCAUCUUGAUAAAGGCUGACCAACAGCUGAAAUGCGUAGAUGGACUUUUCUACCUGGAACCUAAUACAGCUAUAUUGACAUCCAGCAUAUACAGCACUAUCUGUGAAAAUUUCUGUUCCUGGAUCCUGUUUUUCCUCAUCCACUCCAAGGCACAAGCUGCAAAUUGGACACACCUGGAUUCCCAGCUGAAGCUGAUAGACAAGUCUGUUUGGAACCGCAUGGCAGUCCAGCUCCUUGCAUCUCAAACAUAGAGGCUACUAGCUUCACAUACAGGAUUACAGAGGGACAACAAUAGCGGAUACAAUUUGAUACAUAGUAUCUGAAGGUAUUUUCAUAACUGUGAAGUAACAGCAAUCUUUUUAUUAUAUAUCAGCUGCACCAUUUUCACUGACUUUGCUCAGCUCACAUCGUUACAAUUUCUAAGACACUGUUAGAAAACAGUUAAAUUUGAGACAUCUGCAGCUUUCAUAUAUGCUCACUGUCAUUUAUGUAUUUAUUUUUAGAUUUACAUAGAUACCUUUGAUUUUAUGUUCUACAUUUUAUGUGAAAUACACCUUUUUAUUUUGUUUUUAUUAGUGCCGCCACUUAUUUAAUGAUAUUGUGUAUAUGUCUAUCCCUCAAUAAAUGUAUUAUAUAUA